CCGGAUCAUCCUCUACCUUUGGAAAUGGCUGUUACCCUAGCCCGAGCUCCUUUCUCUUCCUAUGCUCGCCUGUCCAUCUUCCUUCCCAGACGCGUUCUCUCCACCACUUCCAUGUCCAUCACCCAAUCCCCUCCUAUCCCAACUACCUUCCUCGCUCGCAGAUCUCUCAAUCCUCUUUCUCAAGCCUUGCGUUCGCUUGCUCCGGUUCCCACCGUCACUCGUUUCACCGCCGUCCGAUGCCGCGUCAACCGGUCUGGCAACUCCGCCUACUCACCUCUCAACUCGGGCUCCAACUUCAGUGACCGACCGCCCACAGAGAUGGCCCCUCUAUUUCCCGGCUGUGACUAUGAGCACUGGCUCAUUGUCAUGGACAAGCCCGGCGGCGAGGGUGCUACCAAACAGCAGAUGAUUGAUUGUUAUAUACAAACUCUUGCUAAGGUUGUUGGAAGCGAAGAGGAAGCCAAGAAGAAGAUUUAUAAUGUUUCUUGUGAGAGGUACUUCGGGUUUGGGUGUGAAAUUGACGAGGAGACAUCUAAUAAGCUAGAAGGGUUGCCCGGCGUACUGUUUGUCCUCCCUGAUUCAUACGUUGACCCAGAAAAUAAGGAUUACGGUGCUGAAUUAUUUGUGAAUGGAGAGAUCGUGCAGAGAUCACCUGAGAGACAGAGAAGGGUGGAGCCGCAGCCACAGAGACACCAGGAUAGACCAAGAUACAAUGAUAGAACUAGGUAUGUCCGGCGUCGGGAAAAUCAGCGUUGAAGGAGCCAUAUGUGAUUUGAAAGAUGGGUGUAGAUAAGCUGAAAGAGGUGGAGUAAUGUUCUUUCGUAGCUAUCAUUUGGAUGCUGAUAUUCGAAGUGGUUACAAUGCAAUAUGUUUGUAAGGGUCACGUGUCAGUUGUCGAACUAGCAUGAAAUUGUGUGGGCUAAAAAAGAACUAAUGUUUGUGACACAUUUUUUUUUUCCUUUUUUUUUCCCAUGAAACAUAACGUUGAACAAAAUCUCUAGCAAAUUCGAGUUAUUUUGUUAUUGUACUCAACCUUCAGGGUGCCAUUGGCACAUGGAAAAAGAAAUGUGGGGAGACUUACGUCUGAUAGAUGGAGAAAUUAUUCUGUUUA